UUCAGGAUUCCGCAUCCACUUGCUCCACUACAGAUACUUGUCAUGUCACGUAAACCUCCUUUCUGCUGUGACAGACUUGCCUUGCUGUUGAUGACCUUGGCAGUUUUGAAGAAUACUCGCUACGUUUAUUGCAUCUUUUCUCUGGAUAUGAUUCCUACACCUACAUCUCAUUCAUUGAAAUGACAUUCACGACGAGACAUCUUACUAGACCUUGAUGACAGAACAAUGAGAAAUGCACAGCUUCCGUCUGCACGAAACCCACUCAUAGCAAUGGGGCGAGUAUGCAAGUAGAGUAUAUUGCUGGUGAUAUAAAAGAGGGCUGCGGUUCCCAAUCCCAGAGCUGUGGACAGAUAGUAGUCCAUGGGCUGUUAUGGACUAGGCUGCAGAGCUCCGCUGCAUCACCCCCCAACCAAACCCCAUCCGUGAAAAAUUGUCUUAUGAAACUUAGGAAGGGGGUUGUUGGUGCACAGCAGGAGGAAAGUGCUUCAAUUCUGCAUAUGUUGUACAAUUUUCACUCAUCUCUAAACAAGUUUAAGGAUUCCGCAUCAACUUGCUGCACUACAUCUAGUUGUCAUGUCACCUAAGCCUCCUUUUUGCUGUGACAGACUUGCCUUGCUGUUGAUGGCCUUGGCAGUUUUGAAGAAUACUGGCUAGGUUUAUUAUACACAGAGAAAGGGCCAAGUGAGGACAUGGAGAGAAGAUGGCUAUUUGUGAGCCAAAAAGAGAGGCCUCCAAAGAAACUAAUCUUGCUGAUACCAUUAAAUAUAAGAAGACAAAGAAACCAUCAAAAAAAACCCCUCCUGCAUAAUGUCAACUACUUUAGCCUCUGAACAACCUCCAGAAAUCACAGAAGAGACAGAGACAAUUCCUAUUGUGGACUUAGAACCACCUCCUGACCUUCCUCCUGUUCCUCCUCCUCUAGAAGAUGAAUGGGAACCAAUUCCUAAAAACACCAAUGUGAAUGCUUCAGCUUCUUCCUGUUCUCUACAUGGAAUAAUUACUGUGGCCCUCAGUAUAUUCAGCUUGCUGCUCUUGCUAUUGUGUGGACUCUUUGCUUAUCAGUAUUUUCAAAGUGUUCAGGCAUCAGAGAGCAAGAUGAAGAGUCUUAACCAAUGGAUUGAGUCUUUCCAAAACAAAGCAGAAAACUUUCUUCAGGUCCCAAAAGUUCUUGACCAAAAUAAAGGAAACAGGUGUGGACCUUCUCCGAACAACUGGGUACAGUACAUGGACCAUUGCUACCACAAAACCGUGGACAUGGUUCCUUGGUUAAGCUGUUCCUUUUGUUUCUUUGAAUGCUACAUUUUAAAGACAGAAAGAAGCGGCUUGGUGUGA